UGUGUUGUGUCUGCUGACGUCACCGCUGGAACUGCCUUGUCACGCGGGGUUAGUAAAAGUUGGGAUAGGAGCUCCGGAGAGAGAGAGGGAGAGAGAGAGAGAUAGUGAAACAGACCGGCGGAGAGAUAGACAGAGACAGGGAACAGGACAUUUCUACAGCGAACAUUUACUACCGCUGGAGGAGAAAGCGCUUCUUUGUCGUCGACGAGAGAGAAACUGCGAGAGAAGCACAGCCAGAGGGGUGCAGGCGACUUUUCUCUGAAGUUGACGCCAGCAAGGAAGAGCAAUUUAUUUUGGAUUUGUCAAAACGAGCGAAAAAACCCCCCACCAGCUUCAUUUGAUAUGAGUUAAACUGAACUAAAAGUUGAACUUCGGCGUCGUGGCACUUGGUAAAUGUUGUGACAUUUUUUUGGAGAGCAUAUAAAGUGCUCCAGCAGCGGUCGACAGUCGGUCGAGUGGCGGGGGUAAAAACCCGAGCUGUCAAACCCGAUGACUACUGCAAACUGCCCCGGGAAUGAGGAGCUGGAUUUCAGACUGAUAUUCGGAGAGGACGGGCAGCAGCAGCCGCUAGGCCCCACAGAUCUGGAGCCUGAUGACAACACAUCGUUCUACAUCCUAAAUGUGGGCCAGCCCCAAUCUAUGGUCACUAACCACCAGUCUAUUGGCCUGCAUCGUCAUGGCAUGCAGUCCCACUCCCAGGUCAUCAGCCCCUCCCCACGCUUUCAGCCACACAAACCAGGAUCUGAGCCUCCCUGCUAUGAGGCUCAAGACUCCAAGUAUGGAACCUCCCCCCUGCUUUCUUCUGCUCCUGUGGAGGCACCCAAGGCCUUUGAGUGCCCCAGUAUCCAGAUCACCUCCAUCUCCCCCAGCUGCCAGCAGGAGAUGGAUGCCAAUGAGGAGGAUCUGAGGGCCAAUGGGCCUGAUGGAGACUACCACGGUGAUAGACCCCUGUCCAGAGAUCACCUGUAUCUACCCCUGGAUCACUCAUACCGGGACUCCUCACUCAGCCCAAGCCCAUGCAGCAGCCUUUCCUCUAGGAGCUGGUUCUCUGACGCCUCCUCCUGUGAAUCAUUCUCACAUGUGUACGAUGAUGUUGACUCAGAGCUAAAUGAAGCGGCUGCCCGCUUCACCCUGGGCUCCCCGCUCACUUCCCCAGGCUGUGCCUCCCCUCAAACCAGCGGUGGAGUUUUGGAGGAGCAACCACACUGGCAGCACCACCACCCUGCCUUUGUGCACCACUCACACUCCAUCAGCCUGUCACCCAGACAGUCCCCCUGCCACUCGCCACGCACCAGUGUCACUGAUGAAAACUGGCUCAGCCCCCGACCACAAUCCAGACCCUCCUCACGUCCAACCUCACCCUGUGGGAAGAGGCGCCAUUCUAGCGCUGACAUCUGCUUCUCCAGCUCUUUGUCUCCUCACCACUCACCUACACCCACACCAGGACCCUCACCCAGGGGCAGCGUGACAGAGGACACUUGGGUUGGAAGCCCUUCAGUAAGCAUGUCACCUUUUCAGUGCUGCCCAUCUGAAGUCGACAUCCCAUCCAAGACAAGGAAGACCUCACAGGACAGAACAGCUAUGCAGACCGGGAAAGGGGAGCUAGGGAUGGACGAUCAAGGAAGCAUGUCUCCUAAUCUGGACUCGCCUUCAGAAGAGACCAUGCACAGCCUGAAGAAGGAUGGACCGGGGGAACAGUUCCUCUCAGUGCCCUCGCACUUCUCAUGGAAUAAACCCAAGCCUGGCCACACACCUAUAUUCAGGACCUCCUCACUGCCUCCUCUAGAUUGGCCACUGCCAAGCCAGUUCGGACAGUAUGAUCUGAAGAUAGAGGUGCAACCCAAAGCCCACCACAGAGCGCACUAUGAGACUGAGGGCAGCCGAGGAGCUGUCAAGGCAGCGUCUGGAGGCCACCCACUCGUCAAGCUCAUCGGCUACAGCGAGAAGCCUGUCAAUCUGCAGAUGUUCAUUGGAACGGCAGACGACCGUUACCUGAGACCGCACGCCUUCUACCAGGUGCAUCGGAUCACCGGGAAAACCGUAGCCACUGCCAGCCAAGAAAUCAUACUUUCCAGCACCAAAGUUCUUGAGAUUCCUCUCCUGCCUGAAAACAACAUGUCAGCCAGUAUCGACUGUGCUGGCAUCCUUAAGCUGCGGAACUCCGACAUUGAGCUGCGGAAAGGGGAGACGGAUAUAGGAAGAAAGAACACGCGGGUCCGCGUGGUGUUCCGAGUGCACAUCCCUCAACCUAACGGGAAGGUGCUGUCGCUACAGGCUGCCUCUAUUCCUGUAGAGUGCUCCCAGCGUUCAGCCCAAGAGCUGCCCCAGGUGGAGAAAUCCAGCCUGACCAGCUGUCUGGUCAGUGGGGGAGAAGAGAUGGUCAUCACAGGCUCCAACUUCUUCCCAGAGUCCAAGGUCAUCUUCCUGGAGAAAGGCCCUGAUGGACGACCGCAAUGGGAAGUUGAGGCAAAAAUAAUACGCGAGAAAUCUCAAGGAUCCUGCAUCGUGGUGGAGGUCCCACCCUACCACAGUAAGACUGUGGGCUCAGCUGUGCAGGUGCAGUUUUACGUCUGCAAUGGCAAGCGGAAAAGGAGCCAAUCACAACGCUUUACUUACCUAUCAGUCAUGGUGAAACAGGAGAAUAGAGAUGAGCUGGACCUUUCUACAGUAUCCCCUAUGUCCAUGCCCCUGGUACAUGCUGCCAGUUUGGUGCGCACCCAGCUGCCUUCUCCUGAGCAGGGCCACCCAUCGGACAACCUUCUGUCCAGCUCCCCUCGCGGCCUGGCCACGGGCUCCGGACCUGGCCUGCUACCCGUGCAGGCCCCCUGCCCCUCCCUGGGCUCCCCGUCUUUCCAGCACCUGCCUCACCUACAGGGGCGCAGUUUGCACCACCCCCCUGCAGACUGCCACAUGACGUUCCACCCAAGCUCUGGUCCUGGCCCUCUUCCUGCUCCUCCCCGGCCCUCCUACCAGCCCAUGCAGCACAGUCACAGUCACGGUCACAGCCUGCCCUACAAUGGCCAGUCCAGCCUGUCUCCUCAGGGCUAUGAGCGGAUGCCCUUUCAGCACAGCCCCAGUGCAGCACCACACCAAAUGGGCAUGGGGAUGGUGUACUCUUCAUCCCCCUGUUCUUCACCGUCAGCACCCUCCUCUUCUACCACCAACCACAUUUCUGGGUCUCCUCAAAGCCAGCAACCCCUUCUCAAUCCUUCUGCCCCUCACCUCCACACACUCGGAGGCUAUCACCCAAACCCUGCCCAGGUGCCGUCUCCAGGCGGCCAUCCACUUGUGGGGCAGCACCCCUCUCAGAUGCAGAGGGCUAUGGGCUAUCACCCCGUAGGUCAAAGGUCAGCAUCCUGUCCCACAACGUCUAGCGCCCCCCCACCUCCGCGGAUGAUUCCCAGUCCACACUCUGGGCCUUCCUCCCCUCAGCUCCACUCACUGCCCUACCAGUCUCCCACUUCAUCCUCCCCCACCUCUGGCGGCAGUCCUCUGGGUCCCCUACAACAGCAGCAUUCAGGUCAGCCUUCACCCCAGGCUUCAAGCCCCGUCAUGGCCAGCCUGUCCCCAGGUCCUCUGGUUCACCCUCUAAGCCCCCAGGGGCCCUUCUCGACGGACGAAGAGAGCGUGAACAUCAAACAAGAGCCGGAGGAGAGGGAGCCCACUUUCCGCUCUAUUGGCCUGCAGGACAUCACGCUGGACGAUGUGAAUGAGAUCAUCGGCAGAGACAUGUCCCAGUCCCCCAGCACCCAUGGUACUCCGUCAGCACACGGCCAGUCAUAGCUCAGCCCACGCUCAGGCCCUCAAACCAACCCUCCUCCAGCUCCAGACCCUGGUGCUGAUCCAACUCCUGGUCCAGGUGCUGGUCUUGUCUGCAGUGGGACAACAGAUGGGCACGAGGGGGAAAAGAAAGACUACGGUCAAAUGAGGUUCUGUCAAAACCUCAUGGACCUGACACUCAUCCGUCUCCUCUGAUCUCAUUCAGCGUCCAACGCUUCUCUCAUGUAGAGACUCAAGAACUCACAUCUUCACUCAGAGUUAACUUUACAGUCGAGCUGGAAGAUGGACCUGUUAAAGCACCACUGUCUUCCUGAUCAAUCAGCCCUUCUUGCUCAUGGAGCACUAACUGACUGACUUUCUGUGGUGGAGACAACACAGAGUGUGUGUUGUAGUCCCCACCCUCUCACCAGCAUUGACGUUUAUUUAUAAAUGAGGACGUCUUGAGACACAGUAAAAAGGAGAGAGACUCAAAAGUGCACGGUACUUUCACAUGAAGCCAGAGCUGGGAUUCUUAACUGGUGGGAAGAGUUUUCUCAGGCGACAUCUUUUCAAACAUCAGGAUAUUAAAGCUCCCAGGAUGCUACGAACACAUUCUUCUUUCGCUGAGCGAGCAUCAGCACAAGUGACAUGAUGUGAAAUUAGACAAAUUGGCUGUACCGCGUUUAAAAUAGAAAUCUUUUGAGAAAGUUUCACGCAUGUCUGCUUGUGGCAUUAGUGAUGACAACUCUGUUCACUCCUUGCUUUUCUCCCUUUAAGUGAUGAAAGCGAUCAGGUGUGGGGUGCAGCGGCCCCGGCAGGGAGGUCCUGGGUCUGCAACCUGCGACAUUCCACAACGUUUAGCGAUAUUGCAGCCGUGUAGAUAUCUGUACAUGAACAAUCCCUCCUUCCAACCUCUUCCCUCUUCUGUGUUCCCCUUCUUCAAGCUGAACAAAGGCCUUAUUCACACUUCACAGCUUUGAAUGAGAGCUAAAGCUUUUUGUUCUUGUUUUGCACAGCUGGUUUUGAGUUUGACAGAUGUUUUUUUUUUUGUGUGUGGAAACAGGCGUGCAACUUGAUCCAUGUGGAUCGGAUCUUUACCUGACCCCUGAUGAGGGGUGUUUUUGUGAGUUUCAGGACAGAGAAAGCCUUUUUUGGUCAUUUUCAUUCAAAGACAUUUGAAGAUUAUAUCCACUUUACAGAGAAAUGUUUCACACGUUUCUUCUCUUAUGCAGAACUCCCCAAAUGUUCCAGGGGGCCUUUGUGUGCCUUCUUAUAGCAAGCAGCCAUCACAGCUGUGAUCGGUGACGUAUAAUGACAAACAAUCUAAAAAAAGAUUUAAAGUUUUCAUACUUAUUCCCCCUUUUUUUAAGAUCAAAGACAAACAGUGUUUGCUGUUCACAAUCAGAGACUUCUCCCUAAACGUCUCCACGACAAAGAAUUGGCUGGUGUUUCCUGAUCUGUAAGACAUGCAGUGCCUGUAUGGCAGCAAUAACAGUCCGUGCGAUAGGAGUGUUUUCUAAUCAGAUCAGACGGUGUGGCUUUGAACAGAGAGAUGCAGAUUCUGGCUUCGUGAAGAUUUCUGUUUUCUUUUCGUUUGUUUCUUUUUGCCUUAAGCUCGACAAUGAUGCUCCUGUUGCGUGUGAGGAGCACAGCACGUUACAGAUGAUGCUUUGAAGUCAGUUUCCAGGUGAAAAUGAUUCUGCUAUGCAUUCAAAUUCUGCCUAAUGCCUUUAAAAAAAAAAAAAGAAGAAAAAAGACCUU